CCGUUAACCAAUCGUCACCGACGCACGUUUAACACGACGUCGUAACACGCAGAAACUGCACCGUGUAAUUUUCAGACAGUGACGAACCCUAGAAUCAGAUUCUCAGAUUCAGAUUCGAUUUCCGUGACGAAUUCAUAAAUUGAUAUGCUCAACACCUCAUCUUCCAAAAAUCACGAUCAAGAUCAGUCUCAAUUAAGUGGUCCCACCCCUAAUUCUCACCCAAUCAAAAUGGGCAAAUCCGAAGACAAUGAUAAGAAGAACUCGGGUAAGAAACUCAAAGAUGUAGAAAUUAGUGUUCCAAUAGUAUACGGGAACGUAUCAUUUUGGCUUGGCAAAAAAGCUAGUGAGUAUCAAUCACAUAAAUGGACUAUAUAUGUUCGUGGAGCAUCCAACGAGGAUCUGGGGGUUAUUGUAAAGCGUGUUGUUUUUCAGUUACAUACUAGUUUCAAUAAUCCCACAAGGAUUGUGGAUGCACCUCCUUUUGAGUUGUCAGAGGCAGGAUGGGGAGAAUUUGAAAUUGCCAUCACACUUUAUUUUCACAGCGAUGUUUGCGACAAGCCUGUGAACUUAUAUCAUCAGUUGAGGUUGUAUCCAGAUGAUGAAAGCAGUUCCUAUUCCACAAAGAAGCCUGUUGUUGUGGAAUUUUAUGAUGAGGUAGUUUUCCCCGACCCCUCUGAAGCUUUUUUAGCUCGUCUGCAGAAUCACCCAGUUGUGAACAUGCCAAGACUACCUGCUGGGCUUACCUUGCCUCCUCCUAUUCCGAUCGAAGAUGCUAGUAAACGGAGGAGAGGUGACACUAAAGAUAAUCCCUUAAGCCAAUGGUUCCUGAAUUUCUCAGAAGCAGAUGAACUCUUGCAGCUGGCAGCAGCUCGUCAGCAGGUUCAAGCUCAUAUUUCAAAACUCAAACGACAGAUUAGUUUGAUCGAUGGACAGCAUAAGCAGCUUAAAUCUUCUCCUGACCAAUAGAUAUAUAAUUAGAACUUUGAGAUGUAUUUCCUCUUCAGUUGUAUUGUAACUUAUUUCAUUUUUGUCUGGUGUUGAAAUUGUAUAACAUUAAUUUUCCUUAGCCAAUAAACCCAAGCAGCAAAUCUGUAUGAUUUAAUAAUAAAAGAUUAAAAAAAUUAAUUUUUUUUUGUUUAUUAUAAAUGUUAAUCCUGUGUAGUAGCUGUUAUA